AUGAGGAACAGGGCCAGCACCUCCUUAUCUAAGGGGAAAAUCCGUCAAUCAUGGAGCAAAUACAACCUGUAUAACCUGCAACGAUUCCGCAACCCAGCCACUGCGAACCGCACAUUUUUCCAGCAGAAAUGGAGCGCUAAGGCAGUCUCGCGCGCCUACCACGGUGAGCAGGUCCGUGAGGGCCAGUGGAAGCGCAUGUUCUCUCGCCGCAUCCGCAGCGUCAUCCCCAUGAACACCUCCGAUCUGGCAGCAGAUGAUGGGUCGAAGGUGUCUGCUGGUCGUGGCUCUGGACUGAAAGAGGGCGGCCCCACGCAACGGUCUCGUCUUAUUCCUUACACACAGAUGGCGUUCGCUCCCCUAGAGCGCCGGUUGGACGUUGCUAUCUUCCGGUCUUUGUUCGCCAGCAGUACACGGCAGGCGAGGCAAUUUGUUAUUCACGGCGCGGUUACUGUCAAUGGACAGAAGAUGAGACAUCCCAGCUACCUCCUCAACCCCGGUGACCUCUUCCAGGUUGAUCCGGACCGUGUUAUGUACGCUACCGGUGCCCCAAAGACUGCCUUUGAGCGACGCGAGACCCGUCAGCUUAAGCAGAAGAGCGAAGACGCCGAGGGCGAAGCGGAGGGUGAAGAGGCCGAGGCCGUUGAGAAGCCGAAGGAUGAGAAGGAGGGUAUCCGCGACAGCCUCAAGGCGUUGAUGGCUCAAGCUAAGACUAUCAUGUCAACGGAUAAGGAGAUCCUCCCCGCAAAGCGAAAGCAGGAACUACGCGGCUUCCAAAAGGCCGUGCGCCGUGUGCUGUCCCGCUCCGACACCAGCACCGUCCUGACAGACAGUCUGGAGACCCAGUUCUCUGAGUUGACCUUGCUCCUCAAGGCCAAGCGGGCCGAGAAGAAGCCUGCCAAAGAGUCCAAGAAGGACCCCAAGGGGGAAGAUACCACCCCUUCCGCUGCCAAGAAAUCAGAGGAAACCGCCAGCGGCGCGCUCUCCGAAGCCUUCCAGGCCGCCGCCGAGGGAGGCGAGGUCGACACCUCCGAGCUGACGGACGAGGAAUUCGACAUCCUCAAGCGUGCGCUCACCCAGAUGCGCGACAACCCCAUCGACAACUCCAAGCCCUACGCCACCCCCUGGCGGCCGCGCGACUACAUGUCAGCUUUCGCCUUCAUCCCGCGCUACCUCGAAGUGAACCAGAACAUCUGCGCCGCCGUGUACCUGCGGCACCCGGUCGCGCGUCCCGGUUCCGCAGAGGUGCCCACUCCCUUCGGCGAGUCGAUCAGCACACCGGCCUACGGCUGGUACCUGAAGAGACGGUGGUAG